AGAUUAUUACGACGUAUUCCACUCCUGCAGAUUUCAAAAUUGGACGUUGAAAAGAAUAAACUGAGCGGUGAAACUUCGGAUGCUGUCGUAAAACAGAAGCAACUGACUGAUGAACGUCAUUCAUUGGAAAAACAACUUGGCUCAGCGAAACAGGAAGCUGUUGUGGUGGACCAACAAAUCGCACAAGCCGAUAACCAAAUCGCAAAGGAAUCUCAAGACGUACGAAAUGCACAAAACGAACUGGACUCAAUAAGGCGACAAAGACCGAAGUGGCAUUGCAUCUGGAGAUGCAGAAAGAAGUGGAAACGAGCGCAGAGAGGUCGCAUUGAAGCAGCCGAAAAUGUGCUAGCAGCCGCAAGGCAACGUGAAUCAAAUGCAGUCAAAGCGAAAAAUGACGCAGUAAGCAGACGAGGCACCGUACGGGAUCGGAUUAGCAGAACUGAGCAAGCAUUGGCACAGAACAAGCAGAAAUACGAGCAACUGAAGGCUACCCUCUUGAAGAGGACGAAUUUAACCGAGACAAUUCUGCAGCUGUUGAAGGAUUUGACAUCGUUGCAAGUAAACGUGAUCCAUUUGAGGCAAGAACUGCAAGCGCGUCAAGAACUGGAUAACGAUGAUUUGGGAGUUGGAUGGGAAUCUAUAAACACACCCCUCAACGCCAUAUCGAACUAUUUGAACAAUGGCGGAUUUGUGAAGGAUUUAGCUGGGUGGGGAAUUGACAUCAAAGGUUCGUUUGCGAAAUGUCCGGUUCCAUGA